CUACUUUCUGGCAGGUUUUGAUUGGCUUUCGAAAGAGGCAGUGUCCUAUAAAUCACCAUCUCUGCUUUGCUCUUUCUCUAUCACCAGCUAGGGGACAGCGCAUUUGAAGGAGGAAGAUGCCGAUUGUGAAAACCGUGAGCCGAGCUGCCAGCCAGCUGCUGCAGAGCUCUGGCUGUGGCUGUGGAAUUUCCAUCGUGCCUGUUCGGUGCAUCGGGGUCUCACCCCGCCAGGUGGCCUCUGAUGCCAGCUUUCACUCGGUGACUUUCUCCGAGUCUGCUCAUCCUCGGGUCCUAAUUACAGGUGGUCUUGGCCAGCUUGGAGUGGGUCUUGCUAAGCUGCUGAGGAAACGCUUUGGAAAGAACAACGUGAUCUUGUCUGACAUCAGAAAGCCUGCAGAUCAUAUUUUUUAUAGUGGUCCCUUUAUCUAUGCGGAUAUCUUGGACUACAAGAAUUUACGUGAGAUCGUGGUGAAUAAUCGCAUAACUUGGCUGUUCCACUACAGUGCUCUGCUCAGUGCUGUUGGAGAAGCAAAUGUCCCUUUGGCCAGAGCUGUGAAUAUUACUGGUUUACACAAUGUUCUGGACAUUGCAGCUGAGCAUAAUCUGAGACUCUUUGUUCCGAGCACUAUUGGAGCCUUUGGACCCACCUCUCCUCGAGAUCCAACUCCUGAUCUCUGCAUUCAGAGACCAAGGACAAUCUAUGGAGUCUCCAAAGUUCAUGCUGAACUCAUGGGAGAAUACUACCACUACCGGUACGGCCUAGACUUCCGCUGCCUGAGGUACCCAGGAAUUAUAUCUGCUGACUCUCAGCCUGGCGGGGGAACAACUGAUUAUGCUGUCCAGAUUUUCCAUGAUGCCAUAAAGACUGGCAAAUUUCAGUGCUACCUAAAGCCAGACACUCGUCUCCCUAUGAUGUACAUUGAUGAUUGUCUGAAAGCGACUCUGGAGGUCAUGGAGGCUCCUGCAAAGGCACUGACCAUGAGGACAUACAACAUCAGUGCUAUGAGCUUCAGUCCUGAAGAGCUGGCACAGGAGGUGCAGAAGCAUGUUCCUGAGCUCCAGGUGACCUACAAAGUGGAUGAAGUCAGACAGGCCAUAGCUGACAGCUGGCCGAUGAACUUCGAUGACAGGAAUGCCCGGAGGGAUUGGGGUUGGAAACAUGAUUAUGAUCUCUCUGAGUUGGUGUCUACGAUGUUUAGCUUCCUUGGGUCUGACUCCAGGAUUGCUCAAGCUAACUGAAAUUGUUUGUAAGAUGUUUCCAGUUUUCCACAGAGGACCAGGAAUAAAUGGCUAAAUUAGUUUAGAAUUUUCUGAGUCUUAGAGCAUGUCAGUUACUAAUUUUCAUAAGUAGCAAUAUUGUUGGGCAGAAGCAUACUGUAGCUGGAAUGUGCUUUAGGUAAACAACAUCAUUUGGUACUGUCUCUCAGCACAGCACCCAUGACAAAUGUAGAAUUCUUGAACUUAAGCAGCUAGAGAAAGAGAAAACAAAACCAACAACAAAACCCUUACUCCUGGCUGAUGACUCUCCAGUCAUUCCUGCUGCCUGCCUCUUCUUUGGCAAACAACAUGGGGUUGUAUUGUCAAAUGUGGUGUCUCGGGCAUAUCACACAAUGUUAAUGAUAGGUUUUUUGUUUUCCUGGUGGAUUAUGUUAGGUUGUAGUAUGAUCUGAUCCUUUCUACUCUUUACUUACAAAAGAGAGAUCAGCAGAGCUACUUCAUAUUUCCAAAUUGCAGGGGUUGUUGCAAUUCUAGUUUGAAAUCAAACUUUGGUCAAUAGUUCCUAUUUUUUAUAUAUAUAUAUAGUGCUGUAUAAACAUACACUUUUCUAUACAUAGCUCAUACAAAGUAGCAUUGUUAUUAUAAUGCUUAUAAAUGUGGAGUAGGACUUUAACUCUCUUUAUGCUUUAAAAAAAACAGGGUUUACAAGCUAAACUUUUGUCCUGUUCUUUGAAAGUGCUGCUGCCUUCAGUUUAACCUUGGAGGCAGACCUGAAAUCCGAAGAGCUGGUAUGUGUAAGUGAAUCUGGGGUGUGUUUCAAGAAGGCAAUGCCCGGGUGUGGGUUUAUUGCUAAUUGGCACUACUUUUGGUUAUCCCAGUUGUUUGCUGUGCUAGCAUGAUACACUGUCUCUAGCAAGUUCUAAAGGUGUGCGGUUGAUGGAGAGUCAGGUCAGCCUUUGAAAUCUGCUCAUGUACACUACCUUUUCCGUGUGCACUGUAAGUAUAUUUGUAGAUGCUAUUUAUGUGUUAACUGUCAUAUGCUUUUCUUCUUUAGAGAGGGAUCCAGAAGCUGAAUCCAUCUUCUAGCUACAGUUAAGGGCUGUUCUGCUCAUUGAGUUUCAUGCAGAGGAGAUUCUGGGAUUAACAAGGGAGUCUUAGUAGAUGCAUGCAAGGAAGACACAUCUAUUCAAAAGCUACUUAAGGGGACUUUGAGAGAAGGCAAACAGGAGAACCAGGAAAGCCGUUUGAGGUAAAAUGUCAGUUUCUGUGGAUGCAAAUCUGAGCCAUCAGAUAAUAUAGCUAUAGCAUGCCUUGAGAAACAGCAUCUGGGAACUUUGGAUUAUUAUUUUUUUUUUUCAAAGAAAAAAAUAUCUUUCAUUUUCAUAAUGACUGGAAAAUCCCUAUAUGAAGCUCUCCAUCUUUUUUGCCUGGUGUACUCCCGUAGCCUGUGUAGGCAAACACGUUCAAGUAUUUUUUUGCCUACAACUUGUUUUCUCUGUUUCCUGUGAUGGUGCUUUGGCAGUUGCCAGUCUGUUAUGUUCUCUGUAGUCUGCAGUGUUUCCUCAAUAAGUAGAUAACUGACAUGACCAGAUUUUCAUCUCUGUGGAGGAAUCUACAUGCUGCAGGGAAUUUGUUUUCUCUUGGAAUUAACCUUUAAAUGAAAAUUCUGUGGUGAAACUCAGUUAUUUUAAACAUUGUUAAGCUUGUAUCUCUUGAUUUUUGUAUGUAUCUUACUGUUUCAUCUGUUGGCUAAGUGUGCGUUUCCCAGCUAUUUAAGCUCAAAACCUCUAAGGUUAUGGCCUGUUAUUGAAACUUUUUUUUUUAUAUUGUUUAUAUUGUAUCUGAAAGGAUAAGUUUUUAAACUUUGGCCGCUGUUGUAACUAUCACAUUGUUCAAGUGUAAUAUUUGGCCCAAUGGGCCAGGGAAGGUUGGCCAUCCAUUUGUACCCUCCAAGGAAAGACUUGACUCAGGUUUUGUCCUCUGCCCUCCCAAAACAACAUGAUCUCCCAGUGAACUGUUACACUGAGCCUGCAGGUGAAAGGCUCUCAUGUGAGCUGACAUGUCUUGUCCAUUCCAGCCUUUCUUAAGUCAGACGCUGGGGACUCCUCAUUGCCUCUGUUCCAGGAGACAUGUAAAAUAGAGUUGAUGAGUCUCACUCCAUUUCUUUACUUCACUCAAAGGCAUGGGGGCUGUUCCCCUCACCCUUGCUCAGAGCUCCAGUUAACACUUACAAGAGUGAAGAGCAAGGAUGUUCUAACUUCUGAAACACACUGUCUUCGUUUGUGGCGUUGCAUUUAAGUUUUUGCUAACGUGUUAUGGUGAAGGUGAAAUUCAAACCUAUGGCAUUUUGAACAAAAGGUUUUUGUUUAGUUUUUGUUGGGUUUUUGUGGGGUUUUUUUCUGCCAAAAGUUGCUGACUCUGUUAUGAGCAAACAUUUAAGAAACUUUGAUUUUGCAAAAUCUAAAAGAAUCCAUCUUGACAGUAGAGUUGUUUGGAAGCAACAAAGUGGUGAUGGACAGAGAAUGUGAUUAGAGAUGGUCCGAGUCCUGUUUUAAAUCCUGAUUUUCAACCUGUGACACGUGUAAUCCCCCACCCCCAUCUUCUCCUUUAGCUUCUGUUGUAACUAUGUUACAAUAUUUCUGUAUUAAACCAGUUUAAUAUGUUAUGAAAUGUCAAACUUCUGCUACCAGAUUGGAGUUUGACUUUUGGGCAGAGACUUUGUUCAUGACAUUUGAGCACUAGCUGUUAAACUACCUAGUCAGGAAAAAAAAAAAAAAAAAAAGAAUAUUUUUUCAAAUAUUGUAAGUUGUGGAUGAUGCCUACUUUAAUAAAAUCCUAUGCAGGUG